AGGCCGCGCUGCCGCCGCUGCUGCCGCCGCGCCCGGACCCCGCGCGCGCCCCGCGCCCCACGCCGGCGCCGUCUUCCCGCCUCCUCCUCCUCGGAAAAAGUCGCCAUUUUGGUUCACUGCCUUCGCCCCCCCACCCCCCCGCACCGCCAUCGGGCCUUCCGGGGCCACCGCCGAGGCCCGCGCCCGCGCAGGUGACAGAGAUGACCGAGCCCUUUUGCAUUGGGAGUGGCCGGCGGCUACACGGGUCCAGCAGGAGUGGGCCUGGGAAGGAAGGCAGCAAGAAGGAGGUCCGGCUGGCCUUGUUGCAGGACCCGCCGAAGCUGGUGCCAGUCUCUAGCCUGCGUGUGCCCCGUGCUGCAGGGAUGCCGGUGGCCCGUGGGGGACAGACAGUGCCAGGGCAGGCCUCACUCUGCUUUGACCCCGGAAGUCCAGCCUGCGACAGGACAGAAGGGAAGAAGAAAGGGCGGCCGAAAGCUGAGAACCAGGCCCUACGAGAUAUUCCUCUGUCCCUGAUGAACCAGUGGAAGGAUGAGUUCAAGGCUCACUCCAGGGUGAAAUGUCCCAACUCAGGAUGCUGGCUGGAGUUCCCCAGCAUCUACGGGCUCAAGUAUCACUACCAGCGUUGUCGAGGGGUAAGCGCCUGCGGGUCUGGGAAUACAGCCGGGCGGAGGCCACAGGGGCCCUGUCCCACACCUGCCCGUCCUGCCCAGGGCGCCAUCUCGGACAGGUUGGCCUUUCCCUGCCCCUUCUGUGAGGCCGCCUUCACCUCCAAGACCCAGCUGGAGAAGCACCGGAUCUGGAACCACAUGGACCGACCCUUGCCUGCCCCCAAGCCUGGGCCUGUCAGCCGGCCCGUGGGGGUCAGCCCACCUGUCACUGGCAGCAAACCUGUUGGCAUCAGCAAGCCAGUCACGGUCAGCAGGCCCGUGCCGGUCAGCAAACCCAUCACGGUCAGCAGGCCCGUGCCAGUCAGUAGGCCCAUGCCGGUCAGCAGGCCCGUGCCGGUCACCAAGCUUGUGCCGGUCUCCAAACAUGUGCCACUUACCAAGCCCGUGCCAGUCAGCAGGCCCAUUGUGGUCACCAAGCCUGUGCCAGUCAGCAGGCCCAUUGCCAUCAGCAGACACACUCCAUCCUGCAAAAUGGUGUUGCUGACCAAGUCUGAGAACCGAGCGCCCCGGGCUGUGGGGAGGAGCAGUGGUAAGAAAAGGGCUGCCGAGGACCUGGACGCCUGCCCCAUCCCGCCCAAGCAGGUGAGACCAGAGAAUGGCGAGUGUGGCCCAUCCACCACUGGCCAGUGCACCACCUUCCAGCUGGUGGCAGAGCCCAGAGAGAGCCCCCUGAGGCCAGGCAGCAGGCCUUUGAUGGACGAGGAGGACUCUGAGCGCACCAAACACAGGAGGAAGCAGAAAACACCCAGGAAGUUCACCGGGGAGCAGCCCUCCAUCUCGGGCACCUUCGGCCUCAAAGGCCUAGCCAAGGCAGAGGACAAGACCCGAGGUCACCGCUCCAAGAAGCAGGAGUACACCAGCCCUGAGGAUGGGCGGAAAAAGACUGCAGCCCCUCCUGCUGCCAUCAGCAAGGAGGUGCCAGCUGCUGUGGCCCAUUCAGCCCCAGGUGGCUCUGAGGAGCAGUGGCAGCGUGCCAUUCAUGAGCGAGGGGCCGUUGUCUGCCCCACCUGUGGCGUGGUCACGCGAAAGACCCUGGCUGGGCUUAAGAGACACAUGGAGGUGUGCCAGCAGCUGCAGGACGCACUCAAGUGCCAGCACUGCCGCAAGCAGUUCAAAUCCAAGGCCGGCCUCAACUACCACACCAUGGCCGAGCACAGUGCCAAGCCCUGCGAUGCUGACACCUCCCCUGGGGGAGAACAGGAAGAGCGGGAGCGGCUGCGCAAGGUCCUGAAGCAGAUGGGGCGGCUGCGCUGCUCCCGGGAGGGCUGCGGGGCCGCCUUCUCCAGCCUCAUGGGCUACCAGUACCACCAGCGGCGCUGUGGGAAGCCGCCGUGUGAGGUGGACAGCCCCUCCUUUCCCUGCGCCCACUGCGGCAAGACCUACCGCUCCAAGGCUGGCCACGACUACCACGUGCGCUCUGAGCACACGGCCCCGCCCUCCGAGGAGCCCACAGAGAAGACUCUUGAGGCUGAGGACCUGCUGGGUGUGGAGCGGACCCCGAGUGGCCGCAUCCGCCGCACGUCGGCCCAGGUGGCCGUGUUUCACCUACAGGAGAUUGCAGAGGACGAGCUGGCCCGGGACUGGACCAAGCGGCGCAUGAAAGAAGACCUUGUCCCUGAGACAGCACGGCUCAACUACACACGGCCCGGUCUCCCCACACUGAACCCGCAACUGCUGGAGGCAUGGAAGAGUCAGGUCAAGGAGAAAGGACAUGUCAACUGCCCCAAUGAUUGCUGCGAAGCCAUCUACUCCAGCGUGUCUGGCCUCAAGGCCCACCUGGCUAGCUGCGGCAAGGGAGACCACCUGGUGGGGAAGUACCAUUGCCUGCUGUGCCCCAAGGAGUUUGGCAGCGAGAGCGGUGUCAAGUACCACAUCCUGAAGACCCAUGCAGAGAACUGGUUCCGGACUUCAGCGGACACACCCCCCAGACACAGGAGCCGGGACCCUGAGGUGCCUGAGAGGGAGAAGAGGAGGAGUGUAUCAGGUGGCAAGAGGCGGGGCCGCAAGCCCAAGGCUCCGCCCCCCCAGGAGUGCGCACCCAAGGCCCAGGCCCUGUGCAGCGAGGAGGACUGGUUACCAGGAGGCAGAGACAGGGGGCCCCGGGGUUCCGCUGGCCGCAAGGUGGCUGGCAAGACGCCCGAGAAAUGAGCUUGGUGGGAGCGGGCUGGCCACUAGGCCCCCUCUGGCCGGGCAGGGGUCACCAGUGUCCUUCCUAUAGAUGCUCUGGUGUCCUGGGAUCUGGACCUCAGGGCUGUCCCUGCUCCUUUGAGUCCUGCUAGGUCCCCAGCCUGGCUCUGUGGCUCUGGCACUGUGAUGCCAGCUCAGCUACCUCCCCAGAUCACACAGACGGCUGAUCACACGGCUGACCGCCCCUGCCCUCUCUUUGCGGUGUCUACCUCUCCAGGCUCUGGCUGCGAGGGGUCAAGGCCGGACACUGGAUGCUGCUUCCACCAUAAGGUUCAGAAGCCAGCCUGGGGCUGAGGGGUGCCAGAGCCUGCUGUGCCCUGCAGGCCAUAUGGGGAGCACUGGGCCUGGGGUCUUCUAGAGUCCUGGGCACAUGGAGAAGGGCUGCUAUGGGAGAAGCCCCUCCCACACCUUGCCAGAACCUUUCCCUUGGGGUCUGGGAGGCCGGCCAAUGAGGGGACAGGGCAGCCUGGGACCCUAGAUGAGCUGGGGUCAGGCAGAGUAGGGGGGGCCAUGCCAGGGGACACUCAGAAGGCAGGGUCAGGAGCGAAGUCAGGUUCCUGGGGCGGGAGGGGGACGAGGACUCAGCCUGGAUAUGUGGAUUUGGGUAUUUGCCGGUGCGUGUUUCCCGGGUGUAGUGGAAGCCAGUCUUGUUGCCGUCACAAGUAACAACCAUCCUCUUUUUGUUUGUUUUUGAUACAAAAAUUCAACAAUCUGACAUUUUGGUGCUAAGGGUUUCCCGGUGCCGACGGGUUGGGGCUGGGCCACGCAAAAGAGGCAGUGGCCACCGGGCGCCCCUGCCCCCAGGUGCAGCCGGGCUGGGCAGGGAGCAGGUCCGGGCCGCUGGCUCCCAUCUGACGCCCUGGGGCCCGGGCAGCGGUGGGGCGGGGCCUCUCAGGUAGUGGGCGCUGGGUGGGGAGAGGGCUCCAGGGAAACGCGACGUUAGCACUUUAACCCCUGCUCGUCUCUAGGGCGCCGGGUUGCCGCCCCUCCUCCUCCCUCUCCGGGGCGGGCGUGAGUCUGCGGAGCCACCAGGGCGGGGGUGCAAGGCCUCCCUGCAGCCCCGAUCCCGGCCGAUCUACCUCGAGCCCCGGGGCCGGCUGGGGGGCCAGCA